CUCCCAGGUGGCAUUGCGUGCGGUCUGUUUCUAGGUGUCUAGCAACAGCUAUAAGCCCAGACAGCCGGCGGCAACGGGAGCGGUGUUUCUUGGUGUGUCUUUCCGCGAUUGUUCGUUGCCGGUUGUUCAUAAGUAAUAGUGGUUUAGCUGAAAAAACGGUGAAACAACAACCCUGACCCCUGCACAGAGAUAUGAGCGGCAGCGGGCGGCCCAGGACCAGCUCGUUUGCUGAGCCGCCAGGUGUUCCAGGAGCCGCUGCUGCGUCCGCCGGAUCAGCCGCUGCCGUGGGGAGCAGCACAGGAAAGACCGGGGUCUCGCAGGCCUCCGGUAGCAGCUCAUCAGGAUGCUCCAACCUUAAGCUUGCCAGAGACAGUGGGAAGGUGACAACAGUCGUGGCCACACCGGGUCAGGGACCAGACCGCCCACAGGAAGUCUCCUACACUGACAUCAAGGUCAUUGGCAAUGGGUCGUUUGGUGUGGUGUACCAAGCUCGCCUCAUCGACACACAGGAGAUGGUGGCCAUUAAAAAGGUUCUGCAGGAUAAGAGGUUCAAGAAUCGGGAACUACAGAUCAUGAGGAAGCUGGACCACUGCAACAUUGUCCGAUUACGUUAUUUCUUCUACUCUAGUGGCGAGAAGAAAGAUGAAGUGUACCUCAACCUCGUGCUGGACUUUGUCCCCGAGACGGUCUACAGGGUUGCCAGGCAUUUUAACAAGGCCAAGAGCAUUAUUCCUAUCAUAUAUGUGAAGGUGUACAUGUACCAGUUGUUUCGCAGUCUGGCUUAUAUCCAUUCCCAAGGUGUGUGUCACAGAGACAUCAAGCCCCAAAACCUGCUCGUCGACCCAGAAACUGCCGUCCUAAAGCUGUGUGACUUUGGCAGCGCAAAGCAGCUUGUCCGGGGUGAACCAAAUGUGUCGUAUAUCUGCUCACGGUACUACCGGGCCCCGGAGCUGAUUUUUGGCGCCACAGACUACACGGCAAACAUCGACAUCUGGUCAGCUGGCUGCGUACUGGCAGAGCUGCUGCUCGGACAGCCCAUAUUCCCCGGCGACAGUGGAGUGGAUCAGCUAGUGGAGAUUAUCAAAGUGUUAGGAACACCAACAAGGGAACAAAUUCGAGAGAUGAAUCCAAACUACACAGAAUUCAAGUUCCCUCAGAUCAAAGCGCAUCCUUGGACCAAGGUGUUUAAACCUCGCACCCCUCCAGAGGCCAUUGCGCUUUGCUCUCGGCUGCUGGAGUACACGCCAGCCUCACGCCUCUCCCCGCUAGAGGCCUGUGCACAUGCCUUCUUCGACGAACUGCGCCAGCCAAACACGCGGCUGCCCAGUGGACGAGAACUGCCGAUGCUCUUCAACUUCAGCACCACAGAGCUGUCGAUCCAGCCUCAGCUGAACUCAAUCCUCAUUCCUCCUCACGCUCGCUCUCACACAGCUGCUUCUGCACACGAUGGUACCGGUUCAGAUUCAUCUCAACACAGUUCAGUACCAGGAUCUCUCAACAGCAUCUGAAGCAGCUUCUCACCCGUCUGCCUGCAAAGCAUCACCCCGUUUUCUCAGACACACACACACACUCUGUGUCCACAGCUGUCCACCAUGCUGCUUUGCUAUCUUCCUCCAUGGUCUGUUUCUGUACAGUAAAUCCACUGAGCAAACCCUUCGUUGUUUAGCUGUCAGGGUCGAAACUACGGCAGGAGAUUGUUACACACACACACACCGAAUCGUCCCGCUGCUGCUCGGGUGGUUUGAGAAGGUUCAAUAGUCGGGGCUGGUCCUCUGUAUUAUAAGCUUUUGUUAAUCAUUUUUUUCCUUUUUGUUUUCUUUAUGUUUUAUUUAUUUGGCUAGGUAAAAUCAUUAUAUACUUGGUUUUUUUCCCCUCACUUUUAAGAUUAUUUUUUUAUUCAGUGUUUUUAAAUGAGUGCACGCUGGCUGAACAAGACUAGAACUGAGCCACUCAUCACAGGUCAUCACAGUAAGACUUUUAUUUAACUCAGGAUCGGAGAACAGUUGCAGGGACAGUGACAUUAUUUUAGUCCAGUCCUAUACUUAAGUUACAAAUCAAACCUUCAGCUGUUGUUGUUUUAGCUGCAGAUGGAAGGAAAAAAACUGACCAGUGACCGAUAAAUGUCAGAGUUUGCCUCGUGUUGGAAACGAGCAUCCUCACAGGUGUGUCUGGUAAAGGAACUAAACGCUUCUCUGACUAAACUAUAUAUACCCAACAAGGAAGGAGUCUUAAUUUUUUUUUUUUUGUGGCUCGAGACCCUUUCUCAGUUUUUAACCAUGUUUUUACUUUUAAAAUUAGGUCCCACAUUGUUGGCCAGAGAGGCAUAUUUGUAGGAAAGAGCACUUAAGUGCAACUCGAAAAGAAGGCAUCACUUUUCAGGUAAUUGUUUUAGACCUAUUAGGGUUGGGAAAAAGAAAUGGCCUCCUCAGAAAUGUUUCUAGAUGGCUGGACAGAAGCAUGGCUGCUCGUUCUCCUUCCUCACAGGUAAUUUAGCUGCGUUCGCCUGAUCAUGAAAUGUCAGAAAAGGUUCAGACAGUACUUUUAGUCUUAGAUCAGUGUUGUGAAAGAAGAUUGCAAAAGUUCCCCAUAAUGUGCAAGUGGAGUCGGAUACUUUAUGUUAAAAAACUGUCUUUUCUUUAAGCAAGCAGAAAAGGAGAACUUUCAACCUUCCCCAAAGAAAUGUUUAAAUUUCAGCCUUCUCUGGAAACGGCUCUGUGUUCUGCUAAAAUUGGCUGUUAGUAGCUUUAUGUUUUUAACUAAACCAAAAAUGUAGUUAUUUCUUUACUAUAUUUCCAUACCUGCUUUCUUUUUAAGAUUAAAUUCUGUGAUAUGAAGUCAGUGACAUGAACAUAUAAAUUGGUGUUACAGUCUGAAAUUAUUCAGACUUUUAAUGGCUUAAAAACAAGAAGCAGAGAAUGAUCUGAUUGGUCCCUCAUCCAGUUUUUGUAGUUGUUGUGUGGAUAUGAAAGCCUCGAAACUUCAGUUAAAACUUACCAGAAAAAUUGAUUUAGAUGCAAAUCAUGUCCAGAUAUCAGAAAGCUGUUUUUUUUUUUUGUUAUUUGUUUUUUUUUAAUCCUCCUUGGUUUGGAAAUGUGAUGCUUGAGUAUUUGUCUCACUGCUGAUUAAAGGCAGCAGAGAAACAAAUGAGAGCUCCGGCGAGGAGUUCAUGUUUAUUUAUUAGGUUGUCUUUGGAUGAGAGUUGGAGUUACUCUGGUGCGAGGAUAAAUGGAGCUGGGCUAUCAGCUCAUCAGUGCUGACGUAAGAAGAAGCAUAUCUGUAGGCAAGCAGGGAAAUCCCUUUAAGCUCAGUGUGCGUUUGUGUGUGUGUGUGUGUGCGUGCAUGUGUGUGUGUAUGUGUGUGUGUGUUGUACUCCUGUGUUCUUGAGGACCAACUCUGAUUUAACCCCUGUGAUGGUGAGGAUGUUCUACCUGUCCUCACGGUAUUGUUUUGUUUUUUUCUUUAAAUAGUUGGAGCCCAGAGAGAGAGAGAGUGUGUGUGUGUGUGUGUGUGUGUGUUAGUAGAAGUGUGUGUGUGUGUGUGUGUGUGUCUGAGAAUACUCCCACCUACAGUCUGAACAGCCAGUGUUUUAGGAAUAGAGCAGCCAACAAUACUGAUUUUUAGUACGCAGUACAGACCACUUGAAAGUUUGUAGUAUAGUAUAUUUGAUACUAUUGUACCAUUGCCUCCACCUGCUCUUUUCCUCCACCCCACCUUUUUUUUUGAUUUUUUGUUUUUUAAUUGCUCCACACGUUCACAUUAAUUUUACACGAGGAGAGUCACUCUUCCCCGCCAGCCGCUUCGUUUGUUUGUGGCGGGUUAAAGCCGGCUGCAUCCCCCUUUCUCUGCUGUAAAGAGUCCAACCAGCACGUUUGAUCGACUCUGCGGGUCGACGGCGUUCACACGCAGAGCUGUCAGUCUUUUCUGAGGCAAUGAAAAGCUGUGACCAAGCCUGAAGAGAGGACUCAAACGUGGCUAGUUUCAGAAGCCAUUUUACUUCCUCACUCUCCUCCUCCUCCUCUUAUCGCACGUGUAAAUAUCACUGAUUUUUAUUUGUUCCUCUUUUUACUUUUAUUACAGAGUUGUUUAUAUCUUAUUUCCCCUCAUUAAGCUGUCUUAGUUCCUACAUUUUUGUAAAUAAUUUUUUUCACUAUCCAAAAUGUAAAUACUGCAAAAGUGAAAAGGAAAAAAAAAAAAAACAGCCACUCCUCAUGUUUGUUGACGAUCUUUCUCUCUCCUUCUCUUUCUUGUGUACCAGUGAAACUGUUUAGUAGCUCGUCCUGUUUCUCCUUUAGUCCUCUGUCGACUGUCUGACUGCUGAAUGAGCCUCUUAUAAGGGUUCUGUUCCAUAAUGCUCUCUCUCAGCUCACCGAGUGUGAAUAUAAUCAGCUAAUCUGACGCCUGUAAAGGACUGAGACAUUUAAAAGCAGCAUCCUGGGCUUGAGUCUAUCCCGAGAAGCCAGCCAGUGACGUCAAUAAAUGUGAAAUGUCCAGAACAUUAAACCAUUAAAGUGAGACUUCAGGGGUUUAUUUUUGAUUUAAGUGUGAUUAGAUCUAAAAGAGCUGUUUAUGUACAGGAUGUUCCAUUUACUCCCACCUGCACUAAUUCAAUCCUCCAACAGGUCCUUUUCCUGCAGCUUGUCCCAGGAAGAGGAAAAACAUGGGCUGUAAAUUUAAUUGGAAAAACAUAAAAAAGCCAAAGAAAAUCUCUCUGCAGGUUGUGUAGGUCAUAUUUACAGUAGUCAUUACCUUUUGUGACUGUAGAUGGCGAACACCAGCAAGCCUAAUCCUUACAGCACAGAUAAAGUAAUGCACACCUUUUCAUUAUUAGGCUAAGUAACUGCUCCUGUUACCGCUUCACAGGGGGUAGAGUACAGAGUACAAGGAGCCCAUAACAAUUCAGUGAAGAUCAGUGCGCAGUGUGGUUAUUUUGUUCCUCACACUCAAACGCACCACUCUCACUCAUUUCGGUCAUAGAGUUUGGUUUGUUAAGCACAGACUGUAUAUAAAAGAUGGACGUAGCCCCUGAUUCUGAAAAGAGAAGCCAAGGUUCUGGUUGCUUGGAUGACCCAUCAGUGUAUUUAUCACCUUUUUCAUACGUCAGUCAUUGGCAUCCUUCGUUUCAGUCGCUUCAAUCACUCGUCUUGAAGUUUAGUUUAUGUUUUAGGACACGCCCACUUGUCUGUUGUUACUGUAAGUCUCUGAACAUGGAUGGAGAAUAAAUCAGGCCGUGCUUAUUAGUUAACAAGUUGCGAUCUUGCUUUUCCUUAAUUUCACAGUCGGGUCUGCCCCCUCACUAUGAUGUCUCGUUACAGAAAGCUAAGAUGGUGACAGUGAAAAUAUCUGCUCAGGGGCUUUAUAACAUGCCCUCACUAACCAGUGGGUGACGUGACAGGAGUUGUCCAUCUUUUAUUUACAGUCUGUUGUGUAAAGUUGAAAGCGUUAACUCUUAGCUUCUCCAGCUGCAGUUGAGAACUUUUGUCAGAGUUCAUAAAGCUCUUUAGUAUUAUGUGUUUGUUUAUUUUUACGUGUGUGGUUGUACUUCCUGUAUUUCUUGCCUUGUAGGUAGUGCAGGUUUAAAAAGCACCUGAGAUUUACAUGUCCUACUGAGUUAUAUGAUGGUGCUUUGUUAGGUGCCUCUGUGUCUCCCCCAUUAUACGAAAUGUGUCCUUCAGUGUUGGCGCUCUGAGGCUUAACCACAGCUCCAGUUGUCAUCGUCAUAAGGAGCUUGGAGGAGUGUUGGUGACUUUCCAGGAUUAACAGCUUUUCACUUUUGACUUCCACUUGCUUCAAUCUAGGCGUUUAUAAACUGCUUGGUUAUGGUUUGUGCUUUUUACCCAGAGCAUCACAACACAGAUGCCAGCAGGUUUGACAAUGCAGUCUUAACUGACGCCUCGGGAUCAGAACGAGCUUCUCAUUAAUUCUCAUUUUGGAACAGAACUCUUUUUGCUUGUUGUGACAGUUUGCAAAAUAUGAUUACUGUGCAGUAUCGAGAGGAAAAGUGUCAAGCGAUCUCACAGGUGUUUAGUUGGGUUAGAGUCCAGCUAGUACUCAACAUGUGGGCAUUUUUAUGUUUAUGCGCUGUGUGGCAUUCAGAAUCGCUGCUAACGAUCACAACAGGGUGGAAAUGGGCGCCUGUGUUACAACAGAGCUACCUGUCAGGUGUGGGUGGAUGUACAUUACUGACAGUUUCAUGAAGUCUGAAUCUCAGAAAUUGUUCUUAAAUUCUCUGAAAACUCAGAUGUUAAUAUUACCUCCUUUUUUCUUUUUUUUCUUUUUUUUUAAAGAAAAACUGAUCACAUCUGUUCAUUUUUUAUUUAAUCUGUUUACUUUGGUGUCACUCUGGCCCGUAGACCACUGAGCCAGAGUGAUGGAGGGAGAAGGAGAGAGAAACAAACAAGUCUGUCUCUGUUCUGUGUGCGUACGAUAUGGACUCAUUUACUGUAAUAAAGUGAUGAAACUGUG